CUUGCACGUCGUCGGCAACGGUGUCUCUUCAGCCUCGUCCACCACUUUCAGUUCAACUGCGCCCUUUCUCCCUUCAGAGACCAACUACACAACAACAAGUACAACAGACAUGGCUACCUCAUCGGUCUCCAAGAUCGUCAGCCAACCUCGCAGCCUUGCCGAGGUAUGCGCCGCCUUGCGCGCAAAGCUCCUUGCCUUCCUGGCUCUUCACUCCAACGAUGAGACGGUACAAGGCACUCAACGACGGGCCCGUGAUGCUAUGGAGGUGAUAGAGGAAGCCUUGCGUCGGUAUAGACCCGAAGAACUCUCCCUCUCCUACAACGGCGGCAAGGACUGUCUCGUCCUCUUGAUCCUCAUCCUCGCCUGCUGGCCCGCCUCACUCCAACCGCCAUCCUCCUCGUCCUCCUCUUCCUCCUCGAUCUCGAACUCGUCAAAACAAACCCUCCCCCGCCUCCAAUGCAUCUACAUCGCCCCGCCAGACCCCUUCCAAGAAGUCGAGGACUUCGUCGCCACCACCACAGAAGAGUACCACCUGGACCUAGCACGAUACGCCCUGCCCAUGCGCCAGGCCCUCGAUUGUUAUCUGGACGAGAAGCCCCACGUGAAAGCCGUGUUCAUGGGCACGCGAAGGACCGAUCCACACAGCGAGUUUCUAGCAUCUUUCACGCCGACGGAUAAGGGCUGGCCGCAAUUCAUGCGGAUAAAUCCCGUCUUGGAUUGGCACUAUGUUGAGAUAUGGACUUUUAUCCGCCAACUCGACAUCCCCUUCUGCUCCCUCUACUCCCAAGGCUUCUCCUCCCUCGGCGGGACAAAAGACACGCGGCCCAAUCCUGCAUUGGCACUCAACGCCGAAGGCAACAAGUUCCGGCCGGCGUACGAAUUGACGCGCGAUGACGAGGAACGGCUAGGUCGCGAUCGAUAG